GACAGAGUGAAAGAUGAAGUCACCGUCCCUCCUCUUCCUCCUUGUCUCCGCUGUCACCUGCGUCAACCUCAAGUACAUCUCAAAGAGGAACUCGGUGGACGGCUGCAUUGAUUGGUCCGUGGACCUGAAGAGGUACCGUGUUCUGGCCGGUGAGCCGGUGAGGGUGAAGUGUGCUCUGUUCUACAGCUACAUCAGAACCAACUACUCCAUGGCCCAGAACGCCAAGCUGCGCCUCAUCUGGUACCGGAACAAGGGCGAUUCGGAGGAGCCAAUCAUCUUCUCAGGCCAUCGCCUCAGCAAGGAGGACGACUCCAUCUGGUUUCGCUCCGCCGAGCUGGAAGACAACGGCUUCUACACCUGCGUCCUCAGGAACUCAACCUACUGCAUGAAGGUGUCCAUGUCGCUGGCAGUGGAGCAGAGUGACGAGGGUUUGUGUUUCAGCAGCAGGAUCAAACACCAGGCCCAGGCCGAGGUCACCAAGAGCAAGAUGAUCAGCUGCCCCGACCUGGACGACUACCUGGCUCCCUACAAGCAGCCACAGGUCACCUGGUACAAGGAGUGUGAGAGGAAGGAGUGGCGGAGUUCCAUCCAGGUGAACACCACCCAUGUGUGGAUCCCCGAGGUGGAGGAGGAGGAUGGGGGCAACUACACCUGUGAGCUGCUGUAUGGAAGCAGGCUGGUACGCAGAACCACCCAGCUCAAAGUCACAGCUCUCCUCACCACAAGGCCUCCCAAAGUUCUAUUUCCUGCAGAAGGACAAGCCAGUCUGAUCGACGUCCAACCAGGCAUGCCUCUGAGUUUGGACUGCAAGGCGUUCUUCGGUUACAGUGGAGAUUCCAGGCCCAUCAUCUACUGGACCAAGGGGGAGAAGUUUGUGGAGGAGCUGGCUGGACAUAUUAAGGAGAGCCAAGUCAGGGUGUUGAAGGAGUACCUGGGGGAGAAGGAGGUGGAGCUGUCCCUAACAUUUGACGCGGUGGAGGAGGCGGACCUGGGGAACUACACGUGCCACGUGGAGAACCACAUCGGGAAGCGGAGCGGCAGCGCCAUUCUUCAGAAAAGGGAUAUGUACCGCCUGGAGCUGGCGGGGGGUCUGGGCGCUAUCCUGCUGCUGCUCGGGCUCUUCACAGCCAUCUACAAGUGCUACAGCGUUGAGAUCAUGCUCUGCUACAGGAGACACUUCGGCAGCGACGAGACGGAGGAUGAUAACAAGGAGUAUGAUGCGUACCUGUCCUACACCAGGGUGGACCUGGACUCUCUGGGACGUCCCUCCAGCGAGGAGGAGCAGUUUGCCCUGGAGGUCCUGCCUGACGUCCUGGAGAAGCACUAUGGAUACAAGCUCUUCAUCCCAGACCGAGACCUCAUCCCCAGCAGCAUCUACAUAGAGGACCUGGCUCGCAGCGUGGAGCAGAGUCGCCGCCUCAUCCUGGUCCUCACCCCCGAGUUUGUGGCCAAGAGGGGCUGGAGCAUCUUCCAGCUGGAGACGCGCCUCCACAGCAUGCUGGUGACCGGGGAGAUCAAGGUGAUCAUGAUCGAGUGCGCCGACCUGCGCAGCGUCAUCAACUACCAGGAAGUGGAGGCCCUCAAGCACACCAUCAAGGUGCUGUCCAUCAUCAAGUGGCGCGGGCCGCGCAGCAGCGAGCUGCAGUCCACCUUCUGGAAGCAGGUUCUGUGUGAGAUGCCGGUGAGGAGGAAGGAGGUGCUGUCUCGCCGGCAGGUUCUGGACUCCGGGGAGCAGGGCCUAUUCGGGGACCUGCAGACCGUGUCCACCAUCGCCAUGACGACCACCUCGGCCUCCCUGGCGCCCGCCCACCACGCCGAGAUCCCCGACUUCAACCAGACGUCGGCCGCCCACCCCCAGAUGAGACACUUCUGCCGCAGCUACGAGUUUGAGAUGCCGCCGCCGUCCUCGCCGCUGCGCAUGGCCACGCUGGGCGGACGCCACGUCUACUGCAACAUCCCCAUGGCGCUGCUAAACGGACAGGUGGGCCAGAGCAGCUCGCUGGGCCGGAAGCAGGAGAUCCACCUCAACAGCACCUUCGUACCUCUCACCAGCCGUGAACUCAGCAGCGAUAUCUGGUAGACCGCCCCGGAGGACUAGGGGUCCGGUAGAGACUGGGCUUUCCUGGUCCAUACUGGUACCGUACUAGUCUAGCACUAGUAUGUACUGGUACUGUACACUACCAGAACAACCCUGGUAGUGGUCCAACCUGAUAAACUAGUAUACACUCAACAGUUGACCUGGUGAACUAGUAUACACUCACGAGUUGACAUGGUGAACUAGUAUACACUCAAGCGUUGACCUGGUAUACUAGUAUACAGUCAAGAGUUGACCUGGUAUACUAGUAUACAGUCAGCAGUUGACCUUGUUAUAUUGUAUACACUCAGCAGGUGUCUUCUAACCUUGUGGACACAAGCAAGGACACAACCGUGGAUUCGCCUACUGGACGUUUUUAUAUCUGCAUGAGACUCAUCAAGACAAAAGACAAACACUUAUUAGACCAGACUUUCACAAUAAAACACUGACCCAAUCAGACUUCUCUACUAAAAAAAUAUUGGAACUGACCUAAAAUAAAAGACACAAUCAUCUCCUUAGAGCUAAAUAAUACAUAUUGAUUUGUUUUCGUUCGCUGUUUUAUUAUGUUUAGCCAUAAAAUCUACAAAGGGAAAAAAUUGAGUUGCUCCAAAAAAACAAUGUUUUGUUACUUGAAGAGUUCUCCCUUGUGGAGAUGUGUUACAACAAUAAUAUCUGACUAAGGCCCAACAGCUUAAGGUCAUGGUAACUAUGUACAGUUUUCAUAUAUUAUAUAGACAUUCAUUCAUUCAUAAUGAUGAUUCAUUCAUAAUGAUGAUUCAUUCACAAUGAUGAUUCAAUCAUAAUUAUGAUUCAUUUCAUAAUGAGGAUUCUGUUGAGAUUUUUCUGCUGUGUGAGUUUAUGGGGUAAGCCACAUGGAGAGAUUCUGACCUGAGGUGUGGUUGGGAGGUGGAGGGGGUAACAUUGUCUGGUUGGAUCACAGCACAACUAUGUAUGGAAGAACUGGUGGAACAUUCUCUGUGAGCUUUAAUGAUGUUACCGUAUAUUUAAGCAAAUAAGAUAAAGUUUGAAUUUACACAAAGGUAUUGUCUUUGUUUCAGGCCAGUUAGAUAUAAAUAUUUGAAAUGUUUUAUACAAUAAUAAUGAUAUUUGUUUGAGUUGUAAUUCUGUGACUCUAGUUGCUGCCUCCUGAUUUCUGCUUGUUAUUACUUUAGUUUAUAUUAAAAUCAAUGUAGGUUAUUGAAAUCAAUAAUUUUUCAACUUCUCCGCCAUCUCCCCUGCUUCCUACACACCCGACAUCCUCUGUCUCUCACCAAUAUCUGCUUUUCCUGAACAUUUUUCCGUAUGUUUGUGUGUGUGUGUGCGUGUGAAAACAACUAGCUGCUGAAGGCUUUGAGGAACUCUGUAGGCUAUGCUACAGAAACAGAUGAUGGAAGUGAGAAUACUAAAUACACAACGAUUCACAACGGAGGGGUGGAGGACGGAGAGAUGAGAGGAGAAGAAAGGAUGAGAGUGAAAUGGGGUCAGAAGUGGCACUCACUCACUUUCUUCAUUUCUCUGCCAGAUGAAAAAUAGAAUCAAAUUGGUGUAGAAUCAUCUCAUCAUAACCUUUCAUUUGUCCUUCUGCUACUUUUUCGAAAUUAUAAUUUUCCAUCAGUCUGUUACAGAGUGCAACCUCUGGCAGGUUGGCCGGCUGGCUAGCUAGUUAGCUGUCUGGAUGUCCAACUGUAGUUAGCUGACUGGUUGGCCAGCUGGCUAGCUAGUUAGCUGGCUGGCUGCCCUCUAGCUGGUUAGUCACCUUGUAUCCUGACUCUUCAGCUGUUUGGCUGGCUAGUUGGUUAGUCUUUUGCUAGUUAGUCGCUUAGUACAGCCUACUGACUUUGACUGGCUGGCUAGCUAACUAUUUAGCUGUCUGUCUGGCGUCUAGCUGUUGUAUACUGACUCUUUGGCUGGCUGGCUGGCUGGUGUUAAUAAAGACUUACAGUAACAGCCAGCAGAUGCACCAGGAAAAUAACCACUAUGCUUAUGUACACGUGCUCUGAACCGGACCUUGUCCCAUCAUCAGGUCAUCACCAUGACGACGGCAGAAGGUCAGAGUCACACAGACAAAAAAUAUAAAAAAUAAAAAGAGAAAACUUUCCGUAUGAGCGUGUCAAUGUCUUUCUCAGCCCCCACCCUGUACCGCUCCUCCCCCCACCCCGCACCGCUCCUACCCCCACCCUGUACCGCUCCUCCCCCCACCCCGU